AUAUUAGUGUAUAAUUUAAAAAAAAAAUGAUCAAUCAAAUCGAAUUUGAAUGCAUUCAAUUGAGAAGCGCACUUUACUCGUCUCUCUAAUAAACCUUGCUCUGUUCCAAACAAGAAAGAAAAUGGCAGUUGCAUAUGCAAUAAUCUCGAUUUUAGUCGCAUCAACCGCCGCAUCCGCUUCCCAGUGCUUCGAGUCCAUUAUUAGCUUCGGUGAUUCGCUGGCCGACACCGGCAAUUUCUUUCUCCUCAGCCCACCAAACAAGCCGCCGUAUUGUGCUCGCCCGCCCUACGGCCGAACUUUCUUCCACCUUCCAACUGGGAGAUCCUCCGAUGGCCGUCUCGUCAUUGAUUUCAUUGCUGAGGCUUUGGGGCUUCCGUUGGUGGAGUCGUACAUUGCCGGUAAAAAUGCGGCGGAGAAAGGCGGAAGGUUCAGUAAAGGAGUGAAUUUUGCGGUAGCCGGAGCUACAGUGCUUGAUACUGUGUUUUUCGACAAGAGGGGAAUACAUAAUCGGGUCACGAAUGUCACUCUGGGAACUCAAUUUGAUUGGUUCAACCAAUUUCUAGCCGUGAUUCCUAAUGGUAGAAAAUUUGUGAAAAACUCAUUGAUUUUGGUGGGGGAGAUUGGAGGCAACGAUUAUGGCAACCCAUUGCUUCUAGAUAUAGAUCCUAAAGCGAUUCGAUCAUUCAUGCCAGCAGUUGUUAACUACAUUGGAUCCACGAUUGAAGAACUGAUUAAGCUUGGUGCCACGACAAUGUUGGUUCCCGGGGUCAUCCCAAUGGGUUGCCUUCCGGCACUUCUAACACACUACAAGACGUCCAGUACCGAAAAAGACUACCAUCCCACAACAGGAUGUCUCAAUUGGUUGAAUGAGUUAUCCAUAUACCACAAUGAACUGCUCCAGAAGGAAUUGUCCCGCCUACGCCACCUUCAUCCUCAUAUCGCCAUAAUCUACGCAGACAAUUAUAAUGCUAUGAUGCGCUUUUAUCUCUCCCCACACCAAUUCGGAUUUGCAAAGGAGUCAAUUCUAAGAGCUUGUUGUGGAGGAGGAGGGCCCUAUAAUUUCAACGGGUCGGCACUAUGCGGGAAUCUACCGAGAGCAAAUUGUUGUGAGAAUCCUUCAUUGUAUGUUAAUUGGGAUGGGUUGCACUGUACAGAGGCUGCAAACAAAUGGAUAGCACAAGGCUUGUGGGAAGGAUCUUAUACUCAUCCUCACAUCAAAACUAUUUGCCCUUCCAUAUCAAGCCCCGCUGGUUUUCAAUAUCACCACUAUUACUGAACUCUGCAUGCAAAUGCAAUGCUCACCUCUAUGUGUAAUCCUAUGCAAUGCACAGUAGUUAAAACAUGGUCUUAUUUCAGAUUUUUAUUGUAAAAAAUAAUUAUUAAUUUUGUCGUGGGAUAUGUAUAAAGUACCUCUAUAUCAAAUUAUCUCCC